AUGAUCCGGCACUGUAUGGAUUUCUGGCUGACAAUCAAAUUGGCGUUAGGUUUCGAAUUCCAGCGAUCCAUAUCGCUCAUAUUCUCCCAGAUGGACAUCGACACAAGCAGGAGGAACAAGAAGCCCCGCCUUCUGUUGGAAUCCGAGAGAGAGAGGCUUGAAGAAUUUAUCGACUCUAUACACUAUUCAGCAAGAUAUUCUGACGAUCAGUUUGAAUAUCGACACGUCCAACUACCUAAGAACAUGCUGAAAAAGAUUCCUGCCGAUUAUUUCGACAGCUCAAAAGGGACACUAAAGUUGCUAUGGGAAGAUGAAUGGAGGGCUCUUGGUAUCACUCAGAGUCUAGGCUGGGAACAUUAUGAGGUUCACGAGCCGGAGCCGCAUAUUCUUCUGUUCAAGUAA